GGAAGACAGUCACUAUUGUUUUAAAGCCAAACAAUGAAGUUAGCAACCUAUCUCUUAGCCGUAGUCCUGUUCGCCGGAUUCUUCCUGCUCCAACCUUCUUCUGCCCAGACGAACUCCACCACCACCACUAACAGCACAACAACAGACGCAACCACAGAGGCAACUACUACCACGACCGCCACAACUGCUGCUGCCAAAACUGUCCACAGGAAACAUUUUACCAUCCACAACCUUAAAUAUACAAAUGUUCGAAGGAUUCAUGUUAACAAGAAGAAAUCCGGUUAACAUACUCGCAGAUUUAGGAAACUUUUGACAAUGAUAAAUAAAUGCAACUAAAAAAAA